CUUCACAAUUUCACUUAAGAGUAUCUAAAACUACCACUACAACAAAUCUAGUUUUCAGCUAUGAAAAUAUUUCAACAUCAUAUAAAAAUGAUGAGCCACUGCAAGAAAAUUUAAGUGAAUUCCAAAUUUGGCAAUAUGAGAACCAAGAAUUUGGAUAUAAUCUUAAUAUAGAAGAUAAUUUAGAAUCUUGCUAUAAUGAACCUAAUAACGAUAGCUCAGAUAAUUUGAGCUAUGAUGAUAUAGAAUACGAUAACUAG